AUGCACGUGGAGGCGUACCGGCACCAAGUGGGGGGCCACUGCCGGCUGCUGAAGCCGAAGGACUCCUCGAAAGUUUGCAAACCUUUGAACGAAAAUGAAUUUAAGUUUUAUGACAAACUUGCUUCUUUGGGGGCCCCCAACGCGGAGGCGGGGCCCCUCCACAUCCUCAAGCAGUUCGUCCCCAAGUACUACGGGGUCACUGAGAUCCUGCUGCACUCCCCGCUGCAGGACUGGCAGCAGCAGCAGCAGCAGCAGCAGCAGCAGCAGCAGCAGCAGCAGCAGCAGCAGCGGCGGCAGCAGCAGCAGCAGGCUGCGGAGGAGCGCGGCGCCGCGGACGCAGCAGCGGCGGCGCAGCACCGACCCGCCGACGACGCGCCCCCACCCGCAAGCGCCACCUCCAGCUGCUGCAGCAGCAGCAGCAGCAGCAGCAGCAGCAGCAGCAGCAGCAGCAGCAGGGCGGAGGGAGAGGCGAGCAGCAGCAGCAGCAGCGUUGGCGGCGGCGGCUCGCCGCCGGGCGCCGCCGCCGCAAAGCCGCAGUGCCCCC